GCCUCCAAGUCCUCUAGAGGCACCGGCCCCUCCCCUCACACAGGGACAGAAGCAGUGGCUUUAAACUGAAGAAGAGAAGACAGUGCUCACUUGUUCGUUCCCUGCCCCGACAUCAUCUCAGCCUCACCAGACCCCACAGCACGAUGCUGUCCAUGCACACGGUGUGGGAGAUGUGCAAAUGAAACCAAGUCCGAAGUGGGAGGAGUUUGAACUGAAUUAGGAAUAAAUUUUCUCUUUCCUUGUUCGCUCUCAGCUGAAAUGUGGAAAAGUUCCCCAGAGAGAUUUAGUAAUCAUGUUUGCUAUGGAAUAUUCCCGGACAUUGCAGAAAAGGGAGAACCAACACAGAGUAGAGAAAUGAAGUAAUAGAUUUUAGGAGCCGGCAAUGAACUUGGAAUCCAUUUGGGCAACGAGAACUCCAGAACUCCUCGGCUCUCUCCUUCCUUCAUCCCUCGAAGGUCUUAGCUCUUGGCUCAGGGUCGCCCUCCCCAUCACCACAGUUGUUACCUUCCUGUAAGUCAAUCGGACAAGUGGGUGAUCUUUCCACCACCUGCACUUUCAUUGGUCUGACACUCCAGUCCUCUUCAGCCACCUCUCCAGCUAAUCUCUGGGACUUUGCUCUUGACAUUAACUGUGACCUUUCUGUCUUCUCGAUUUCAAGCAUCCAACUCCCCACCCAAAGAUCAGACCCAGGGACCCUCAGCUGGUCCUUGGUGAGAGGUCCCAGCUGAGACUCCCUCUCCUCCCAAGGUUUAAAAGAAGCUGUUGGGCACCUCUGUACAAGUGUGCCUGGUAAUUUGUGGGUGAUAAAGGGGGUAAGAUUUUUUAAUUUGUGACGUCUCAUCCUCUGCCUCCUUCUAAUGACACAUUUAUUCAGCAUAAAACUGGCCCAGGCACCAUCCCUGGAAACACAAAGGAGCCGCUUUUCUUUCAGAAAAACUAUGUCUUCCCUGGUGUCCAGGAAGGGCCUGGAACAUCCUCCUCAGUGGGGCAGUUCCUACAGUGGACUAUGGGUCCAGAGUGGGCUUCCUGUGGACUUCCUAUGACCCAAGACCUCCUAAGUUGUCGGUGAACUUUACAUGGCAGAAGAUAACCGGUUUGCACCAUCUUCCUCCCUGAGGCUCGUCCUGGUGGGCACAUCCGGCUGCGGGAAAAGUGCCACCGGGAACAGCAUCCUCUGCCAGCCCGUGUUUGAGUCCAAGCUGGCGGCCCAGGCUGUGACCAGGAAGUGCCAGACAGCCACAAGCACGUGGAAUGGGAGGAGCAUCCUGGUGGUGGACACGCCCCCCAUCUUUGCGGCAAAGGCCCAGGGCCAAGAGAUGUACGAGGACAUCGGGGACUGCUACCUGCUCUCCACCCCGGGGCCCCACGUGCUGCUGCUGGUGACGCAGCUGGGCCGGUUCACUGCCCGGGACACGGAGGCAGUGAGGAGGGUGAAGGAGGUCUUUGGGGCAGGAGCCAUGAGACACGUGGUGGUCGUCUUCACCCACAAGGAGGACUUAGGGGACGAGUCCUUGGAUGAGUACGUGCGCAGCACAGACAACUGCAGCCUGCAGAGCCUGAUCCGGGAGUGUGGGCGGAGGUACUGCGGCUUCAACAACCGGGCCACCGGGGAGGAGCAGAGGGAGCAGCUGGAGGCCCUGAUGGCGGUGGUCGAGAGGCUGGAGAGGGAGCACGAGGGCGCCUUCUGGAGAAACGACCUCUACUUCGAAGCCCAGAUGCUGCAGGGGCGCGAGCUCCGCGGGGAGGAGCACAGGCGCUACCUGGCCAAGGUGCGAGCGCACGUGGAGGGGCAGAAGCGAGACCUGAAGGAGACCGAGUGUCACUGGGUGUCCAGGGCGCUCCUCAGAGUCAAAAAGUGGAUGAUUUCUAACACUGGGCUAUCCAUUUUUCUUGUGAUAUGCAUUUUGAUUUUUCUUGCUGUUUUAAUUAACUUGUUUAUUACUCAGGGAUACUGAGCAUUUUCAGCUGACAUCCAUAAUCGGCUUCUUUUUUCCAGACUCACCCUCUCUGUGUAUGUUUCUAAGAGACUUAAUUGCGUUUUACUUAGAUCUGGUUUUCAUUUCUCUUCCUCGCAUCAGACAUGCCAUUUCUGUUCUCCACCUGCUUCCAGAUAAAUAAAAUCCAAAGAAAGAAUAUUUCUU